AAGAAGAAGAAGAAGAUGAUGAAGAAGAAGAAGAAGAUGAAGAAGAAGAUGAAGAUGCAGAUGAGUGCCGUCGAUCUUAGAAUCACCGCACACUUCACUCAUUUUGGGCAGUCACGGGGCCAAAAACCAGAGUGUGGAGCCACAGUGUGGCGGUGGAGGCAGCAGCAAUGGGAGGCCAUACAGCACCCUAUGAAAAAAAAUGGAACCCACCAGCAGUGUGAGGAGACCUGAAAGUGGCACAUGGCAGAGUGUGGCGAUGGAGACAGCAG